GAUGCACUAAUGUUAACCAUUUAUAUCAUUUUGUCGAAGUGAAUAUAUCAUUUAACGAGUGAAAAUGAAUGUUGUUUCAGAUAUUUUGAAAAAUGGCGCGAAAAAUUUUUUACAGAUACAUCUUAUGAAUACAAAGAUUUCUAAUUUGAUCGAUGUUCUUUUGCAGUUUAGAAGAAGGAUGCAAUCAUGGUGAGUGAUUCGUCUAAAAUUCUCGGGCUAGUCAUCAAGGCCAUUAAAAAUCUUCGCGAAUUAAAAGGAUCGACUUCGAAAGAAAUCUUGCAUUAUAUCUCGUCUGUCUACGAUAUAUUACCAAAUGUAGCGCGUCGUCAGGUUAGCAACUUUUUCUUGAAUAAUAGAAUCUUCAUCAUGAAAAUAUAUCAAAAGAUAAAUUUUUACAUUCUCAUUUGAUUAGAACACAAUUAUUUGCACAACAAGUUGCUAUAAAUAUAUUAUUAUAAUCUACAAAUUAUUAGAAAAAAAUAGUCAAAAGUCAUGUACAUCUAAACUUACCCAAACACUACUAGAAGUAAUAAAUUUUCCAAAUAAAAUUAUCAAAAUGAUACAUUAUUUCUAUCCGAUCAAAAUUUGAUACAAAAAUGAAUUUUGCCUUUCUUCAACCCUUCCAUUUUCGAAAUUCUAACCAAUAUUUAUUAAACACGUUUCUCCAUGUUCACUUAUCCCCCUGUUUUGUAUCCCCAAAAUUCAAUCCUCGAAUCCAAACAGAUGCAAACGGCUUUGAAACGCGGGGUGGCGUACGGCAUCUUGAAGAAGAAUGGCGGCCAUUACAUUUUACCGACGAACGGGGAUAUAAAGUGUCAAGAGAUCGCGGAGCAAGAGGUGAAUCUAUUGGACGCUUGCCGCAGAAGCAGGAUGCAGCGGAAGAUGGGGUGCAAAUGCAAGAAAAAAGGGCGCAGACGUGGGAGGAAGAGGAGAUUCUGCAGAUGCAAGCCUAGAAGACGCGUGAGGCGUAGGCGGGCGGCUCGAGGCGGCUGCCGAACUCGUAGGAGGCGGAGGCGGUCUCGUAGCCGAAGAAGAAGGAGAAGGAAAUGCCCAUGCGGUGGUACGGGCCGCAGUGGCAAUUUGGAUCGGCUGAAAAGGGCCCCCGCCUCCGAACCGUUCGAUAAAUUCUGCCCGCGGAAAUCGUUGGAAGGUUACGAUUCCGCGGUCAGCGAGAAGAGUUCGUUGUCCAGUGUCUCUUCGAUGGAGUAG